UGUUUUCUUCUUCAUAACUCUCUCUGUCUUCUUGCUCUCAGAAUUUUACUUGAUUUAGUAGAGAACUGUAUGACAAAUUAAAGAGUUUUUCUGUAUAUCUCUCUGUCCACCUUUUUUGUCUUCUUACUUCGAAAUUCUCUCUCUCUGUCUCUCAACUAAACCAAUAUCAACAUGAUGAUGCCAGAUGAUCAUCAUCACCUCUCAUUUCCCAGCUAUGUCCUUCACCAAGAACACAUCACCCCAAAUCCUAACCCUAACCCUAAUCCUACCUCCUCUAACUCAGCCAAGAGGAAGAGAAAUCUCCCGGGAAAUCCAGAUCCAGAUGCAGAAGUCAUUGCUCUAUCGCCAAACUCCCUCAUGGCAACAAAUCGAUUCAUAUGUGAGAUUUGCAACAAAGGGUUUAAGAGAGACCAGAACCUUCAGCUUCACCGGAGAGGCCAUAACCUUCCAUGGAAGCUAAAGCAAAGGACAAACAAGGAGCAAGUGAAGAAAAAAGUGUACAUCUGUCCAGAGAAGAGCUGCGUACACCAUGACCCGGCCCGAGCCCUCGGUGACUUAACCGGAAUCAAGAAGCAUUUCAGCAGAAAACAUGGUGAGAAAAAGUGGAAAUGUGACAAGUGUUCCAAGAAAUAUGCUGUCAUGUCCGAUUGGAAAGCUCAUAGCAAGAUUUGUGGUACUAGAGAAUACAGAUGUGACUGUGGUACCCUCUUUUCCAGGAAAGAUAGUUUCAUCACACAUAGAGCAUUCUGUGACGCCUUAGCUGAAGAGAAUGCUAGAUUCGUCUCAGUUCCACCAGCACCAGCCGCACCGGCACCGGCAUAUUUGAACAAUCCCCUGGAUGGGGAAGUCAAUCUUGGAAACAUCAAUCAAAAUCAUCAACAACGACAAGUUAAUACUACAUCUUCUCAAUUGGACCAACCCGGUUUCAAUAUCCAUCGCAAUAACAUUGCCUUUUUGGGACAAACCUUACCAACCAACGUUUUUGCGUCCUCAUCAUCACCAUCACCUCGUAGUGCAUCUGACUCCCUUCAAAAUCUAUGGCAUUUACAAGGACAAUCAUCUCACCAAUGGCUUCUCAAUGAAAACAAGAACAACAACAUUCUCCAAAGGGGAAUCUCCAAGAAUCAAGAAGAACGUGAGAUCAAGAAUGUGAUUAGUAAUGGUUCUUUGUUCUCUACGGAAGCACGCAACAACACUAAUAAUUAUAACCAAGACUGUGGACAUAUAGCAUCAAUGUCAGCCACGGCAUUGCUACAAAAGGCAGCUCAAAUGGGAUCAAAGAGAUCAUCAUCAUCAAGCUCAAACAAUAGCAAGACUUUUGGUCUAAUGACCUCUAUCUUCAACAACAAACAAGGAGAGAAUAUCAAAACUAAGGAAGUUGAUGAAAGAGGCUUCACGAGAGACUUUCUUGGUGUGGGAAGUCAACACCGUCCUUGGCCAUUAUUGAUGGUCAACCAUAAUCUUCCCAACUCGUCUCCUUCGGCCACCAUUGACGGCACACCAACCGCGGACAGGAACCAGUAAAUCUUGUAUUGUUCAUGAUAAUGAUAAAAGAAACGUAAAAGUAUGACAUUCAAGUGGCGAGAGGACAUGGUUUAAGCACGGCGAAGAAAACGGUGAAAGAGGAGAUUUUGACUCGGAGAGAAUCUCUGAGUCAACUCGGUGCUACGAACUGGGUCCACUCGGUUGAUGAAGAUGGGAAGCUAUUCGGGUCCACUUCUGCAUGCAUGAGGAAACCUCUGAGCUCUGACCAUGCAAAGCAUACGCUAUCGCUAUGUCUUUUCUUAUUCUUCUUUUUGUUUUAUUUUUGUAAUUAUUUCAAGUUUUAAUUUUGAAAGACCCUAAAAGAAACGAUGAAAAGUGUGUAUAUAGGUUAUGUAAAUGCAAACUUAAAGUAGUUGUUACUUUUUGUUUUUCCUCGUAGAAAGGUUAUACUUUUUUGGGGAAACUUUGAUUUCUAAA